CGAUGGUUGUGCUGAGUGCUGUCACGUGACGUCUGCGCACACCACGUUGCCUCUCUCUCUUUCCUGCAUCAGAAUUCCUCCAUAAGUGACAUAACACGUUUUCGCGUCAAUCUAAGUCUUAAAAAAUGCGUUACGUGGCCGCUUAUCUCCUUGCCACCCUUGGGGGUGUGAAACAACCAACUGAAGCUGAUUUGGAGAAGAUUUUAGGCAGCGUUGGUAUUGAGGCCGAAGCCGGUAAAAUGAAGAAAGUCAUCUCACAGCUAAAAGACAAAGACCCAGCUACUCUCAUCAAAGAAGGUCAGCUGAAGCUUGCAUCUGUCCCAAGUGGAGGUGGUGCUGCUGUUGCUGCUGCACCUGCUGCCUCUGCUGCAGCACCUGCAGAGAAGGCUGAAGAAAAGAAAGAAGAGAAGAAAGAGGAGUCAGAAGAAUCAGAUGAUGACAUGGGCUUUGGUCUCUUUGACUAAGGAUCAUCUAUCAUUUUUUUUUUCUCCAUUAAAGCUUAUCAUUGUAUAAA